AUGGCCUUAAAUGCACCACCCAUUACAGCCAUUUCUUUGCCUUCAUUAAAACCUUCUUCUUCCUUUUCUUCUAAUAGGCCAUGCACGGUCAGGCUUCCACCUCUCAAAUCUUCUUUCGUUGGCCUGGAAGUGGGAGAACGGAGAGUUAGUCAGCUAAGAUUAACUUGCAACGAUAGGUUAAGAUGUAAUGGUCUUGGUGGAGGUGCUUCUGGCUCUGGGAUGAAUAUUUUUGAGCGGUUUGCAAGAAUUAUCAGAUCAUAUGUAAAUUCUAUUGCGGCGAUCUUCGAAGACCCAGAGAAGAUCAUAGAUCAAGCUGUUAUUGACAUGAAUGGAGAUUUGACAAAGAUGCGUCAAGCUACUGCUCAAGUCUUGGCAUCGCAAAAGCAAUUAGAAAAUAAAUGUAAAGCUGCACGAGAAGCUUCUGAAAAAUGGUAUCAAAAAGCCCAAUUGGCUCUUCAAAAGGGGGAUGAGGGUCUUGCUCGUGAUGCACUUGCCAGAAGAAGAUCUUUUGCUGAAAAUGCAAGUGUUCUGCAACGUCAACUUGAUCAGCAGAGGAGUUUUGUUGAUAAUCUUGUUUCUAAUACAAGGCUUCUGGAGAGCAAGAUAAUGGAAGCAAAAUCAAAGAAAGAUUCCCUUAGAGCACGUUCCACCGCUGCAAAGACUGCAAUGAAAGUUCAAGAAAUGAUUGGAACUGUGGAUACCAGUUCUGCUCUUUCAGCUUUUGGAAGAAUGGAGGAAAAAGUUUUGACCAUGGAGACUCAAGCAGAGGCACUUAAUCAAUUAACCACUGAUGAACUUGAGGGAAAGUUUAAAAUACUUGAAGGUACAACUAUUGAAGAUGAUCUUGCUGAAUUGAAAAAAGAGCAAUCUGUGAUCUCCAAGAAGGGAGAGCUUCCACCUGGGAGAACUGCUGUUCCCUCAAACAUGCCAUUUCCUUUCCGAGAGUCUGAAAUCGAAAGGGAGCUGAGUGAGCUAAGGAGACGGGCGAAUGAAUUCUAA